GGAACACGCUGCGCGGGAGCCUCCUUUCCGUUCGGCUUCCCCAGCUGGACCCCAAAGCCCCGAAGCCCCGGGGGAAGGAAAUUACCACUCGGUGCUCGCCCACCCCCGCCCCGUUUCUCUCUCCGGCUCGCUGCCUGUCUCGCUCCGAUGCCGCCGAGCCCCGUCGCCACUUCUGGGUGGAAGUCCGGCGGAGACAGCUGCGAGCUCCCGGGCUCCGGAGAGGGAAAUGGGGCAGGGUGAGUCAGCCGGCCCGGGGAGAGGCUCCAUCGCGCCCGGCACCCGCCCGCGGGCAGUGACGCGCCGCCUCGGAGCCGGAGCCCGCGCAGUGCCCCUCAGGGCGAUGGACGGCCGAGCCCAGCGCGCGCAGGACGUCCCGGCUGCGCUCCCGCCGGCGACCCCCGCAGGGAGAAAACCAAAACCCAAGGCACCGCUUCCUCCAGCUGAGACCAAAUACCUUGAUGCCUCUUCAGUUGAUGAUUCUGUAGAAUCUUCUGCUUUUAUCAUGGAACAGAAAGAAAACACAAUAGAUAAAGAUGUUGAACUCUUGGUGGUUCUACCUGGGGAUAUUAUCAAAUCUACUACUGUUCAUGGCAGUAAACCUAUGAUGGACUUGUUGAUAUUCCUCUGUGCACAGUAUCACUUAAAUCCAUCAAGUCACACAAUUGAUCUGCUGUCAGCUGAAAAGAACCCCAUUAAAUUUAAGCCAAACACACCAAUAGGAAUGUUGGAGGUAGAAAAAGUAAUUUUAAAGCCAAAAAUUUUGGAUAAGAAAAAACCUACACCUAUAAUACCAGAGAAAACUGUGAGAGUAGUGAUCAAUUUUAAGAAAACGCAGAAGACGAUAGUGAGAGUUAGCCCACAUGCACCACUUGAAGAACUUGCCCCUGUUAUAUGCAGCAAAUGUGAGUUUGAUCCAUUACAUACACAAUUAUUGAAGGACUAUCAGUCUCAGGAGCCCCUCGACUUGACAAAAUCUCUUAAUGAGCUGGGACUAAGAGAAUUAUAUGCCAUGGAUGUCAGCAGAGCCACUUCUGUUACUGCCUUCAAUAAGUCAUCUUUACAAGAGUCCUGCCAAAUAUCACAAAACCUAGACCUUAUGAAGGAUAAAGAAAAUAAAGGGUUUUUCAGCCUUUUUCAACGCAGUAAGAAAAAGCGGGAGCAAACUGCCAGUGCCCCUGCAACUCCUCUAGUAAGUAAGCAUCGUCCAGCUUUUACGAGGAGCAAUACCAUCACCAAACAGUAUAUUUCAAACACCCUGCCAUCGGAUGCACCCAAGAAGAGGCGUGCUCCACUGCCUCCAAUGCCAGGGUCUCAGAGAGCCCCCCAGGACCCUGCUCACAUCCAGGAGAGGCCAGCUUCUUGUUUGGUGAAAUCCGCAAGUCUGGAUGAAACAGAGGAGAGUUCCUGUGGAGCGGGCAGGGUGAGGACGGGCUCUCUGCAGCUCGGUAGCACAUCCCGUGGGAAUUCAUCUUUGAAAAGGACAAAGCGAAAAGCACCUUCCCCACCCUCCAAAACAGCCCUGCAACAAAGUGAUGAAAAUAGUCACAUGACUGCCCUGCAGUCGGUACCUGCAAUUCCUACAGACAGUGUUUUAGAAGCAACCUCUUCUGAGGGCCUGUCCAGCCCAGCUGGAAUAAGCUCUGAUUACAGCCUUGAAGAGAUAGAUGAAAAGGAAGAACUGAGUGAAGUGCCUAAAGAUGAGGCUGAAAAUACUUCUCUGAAGUCGCAAGACAUUCCUACUGUAUCUACUGAUAUAAUAAAUACACUGAAAAAUGAUCCUGACUCAGCCCUUGGCAGUGAUACUGGAGAGUCCUCACAAAACUCCAAAGAAGAAAAACAAGGAACUAGAAACACAGAUGGACAAGGACCACACAUUAUGGUAUGUAAUUCAAGCAACAAAGCGAGGGUAGCUGACAGUGUAAGAAACCUGAGGUCACCGGGCCCAAACCAGGAGAACGUAGAUCAAAAUGAAAUAAUUGUCAUUCCAACAAACACAGAAGACAGUAUGAAAAAUGGAAUGAGGAGAACAGAAAUCAAUGUAGCAGGUGUUACCAAAAGUAACAGUGUGGACAUGGAAGUUGACAGACUAUCAAACUAUCAGGCAUAUAAAACUGAUACUGCUAGAAGUUACAAGGAAAAUCAUCUUGCUGCUUCAUCAGCACCAGAUCAAAAACUGAUUCAACCUAGUGCAGAAAAGACAAAAAUGCAAGAUGCAGCAAUUCAGACAAUCCCUUCCUGUGACAGUUUUGAUGGGAAUCACCAAGAUCAUAAUUUGUCUGAUGUCAAAGUUGAUGAAAGUGUGCAAACUUCAAGUAACAACAAAUCAACUCAACACUCAUCUUUAAGCCCACAAGAUUCUUUAGAUACCUCAAGAGAAUUUGGGAGUCAGGGCGCCCUAAUUAUAUAUACAGAAGAGCAACUCACCAUAAAAGAUCCAAUUUGUGCACAUGGUAAUGAUGAUCUUUUGCCUCCUAUAGAUGGGACUGAUAAAAAUUCAACAGCUUCUUAUAUAAAGAAUUAUCCAUUUUACAGACAACACUAUAAUCCCAAGCCAAAACCUUCAAAUGAAAUUACAAGAGAGUACAUACCCAAAAUUGGGAUGACUACUUACAAAAUAGUGCCUCCCAGAUCCCUAGAAAUAUUGAAAGAUUGGGAAUCGGAAACCAUAGGGUAUAAAAAUGAUCAGGAGAUACGUACUUUAGGAGAAAAGGACACUCAUGAGAAUGUGAAAGUAACUGCAAUCCAAACAGAAGAUCCUGUUAUUUCUGAAAGCCCAAAGGAGCCAGAAGCAGACCUGAAACCAAAGCCUACCCUGAGAACAGAGCAUCAGGUGCAAAGUGAGGAGAGCUUUACCCACAGCACAAUGUCAAAUCCUCUGAAACCUACUCCCAAAAUGACGAGAGACACUGGCACAGCUCCUUUUGUGCCAAAUUUGGAAGAUAUAAACAGUAUUUUGGAGUCAAAACUUAAAUCUCGGGUUUCAAAUCCCCACUCCAAACCAAGUUCUUUUUUCUUGCAGAUGCAAAAAAGAGUUUCGGGUCAUUAUGUGACAUCUGCAGCUGCCAAGAGUGUUCAAGCUGCCCCUAAUCCUACUCCAAAGGAACUAAUAAAGAAAGAGGUGGAAAGGGAUACAAUACCUCCUCCAGAGCCAGCUCUUUCUCCCCUAAGUAAAACAACUCACUCUCCUCCACAGCCACACAUUCAAAACACUGAUGAUGACAGCAAUCAGAAGCCUACUGAAACCUCUCCCGCGCCCGUAGCCUCUCCCCCUCCCGCAGCCCCCAAACCUGUUCCUCUUCCCAAGAGUCAGUUAGCAACACUUAACCUGAAGACUCUGAAAACUUUUGGUGCCCCUCGACCAUACUCCAGCUCUGCUCCUUCACCGUUUGCCCUCGCUGUGGUGAAAAGGUCACAGUCUUUCAGCAAAGGUCGUACAGGGUCAUGCAGUGAGGAGGUCGGAGGUGCAUCCUCCGCCCGAGCUCCAACUGACACAGAGGGAGGGAAGAUUCCUUCCGUAAAUACGUUUGUGGACAUCCCACAACCAGGUGUGAAAGACAAGGAAAAUAACUCUGCACAUAAUGAACAGAAUCCCCAAAUGCCAUCUCUGACUGACGGCCCAUCAUUCACCCUUAAGAGACAAAGUUCUUCAACAUUCCAAAGCUCUGACCCAGAACAGAUCCGACAGAGUUUGCUGACUGCAAUUCGUUCUGGAGAGGCUGCUGCCAAGUUGAAAAGGGUUACAGUUCCAUCAAAUACAGUAUCUGUGAAUGGAAGGUCAAGAUUCAGCCACUCCAUGUCCCUUGAUGCCCAGGAUGGCCAUUAAAUGUUGGCCUGCCAUGCCACACUUCACCGCUCUAUUGCACAGAACGACUUCAUACUGAUGGAGAAUGUUAGCAAAUGUAUGUUCAGAUGUACACUAAUAUAUUAUCUAUUAAAGCAUAAGAACUUGUGCUGUGGCUUUUAAUGCCAAAAGAAGAAUUACCAGAAUUUAUAAUUUAUAAUAAUAUCUUUGGCCUUUUUUGCCUUAAGAACUGAAUAUGCUGCUUUAGAACUUUAAGACAAGGUGUUAAUGACUUUCAUUUUUCUCAAAUGAGAAAUAGUCACCUCUUGUUGAUUUCACUUAUUGACACAUUCUCUACGAUCGUGACUUAGACAAAGGGAUAAAUUAAGAUUCAUAGACUUAUAUUUGUAUGACACAUAAAUAACUAGGCAAACAUAGAUCUGACAUUUGCUGCCUCAAUGUUACAGUUUAAUUGGAAAUGUUUAUGUUAUAUUAAAGCCUAUUUGUGAUGAAAGUAUAAUCUAGAAAACUAAUGAUAUCAAAUAAGUAUAUUCAGUUUAACUGUUAAUUUCAAUGAUGAAUCACUUAGUGUGCAAGUCUUGUGUAUUCUUUAUGUAAUUACAAAAUCAGUGUCAAGUUUAUGGGAAAGCUCUUGGUAUUUUAAUAGUUUAUUAACAUGGACACUUAGUUUUUUAAUCUUUAGAACUUAAAUUGCACAGGAGAAUUUUAAAUAGUUUCUGUAUAUAAUUAUAACAUUAUUGUCACACAGAUACUACACAUUUUAUGUGCCAGAAGCCUUAAAAAUCUUCCUGUGAAAAUGUUGCUAUAUUGUGACAAUUAUUUCAAAUUCGAUACGUAGAGAGGAACAGGGGUUAGUUUAUGUCCAUAUUGGAAAACUUUAAAGACUACUUGGAGGUUUCAGAAAUCCUGGUUUUAAUUAAAGUGAUAGUCAUUAUGUAGUUCAGAUGCUAAUAUUCUAAAUAGUAAUAUAUAUUUACAUUAAAGCUAAAGUUGUUAAGCAAAACAAUGCCUAAUUUGUUGGCUUGUAACUGUUUUGGGGUCUAGAGCUUGUUGAUGUUCUAUUCCUACUUUAAAAAUUUAACUGCUCACUUCUUAUUCUAAAAGCUUUGUCAAACAAACUGAUGUUAUGUUGGUUUUUACUAAAGCUACUGGGAUAUCUGCCUCUUUGGAAAAUGUGUUGCUUUUUCCCCUGUUUAAUAAAAGCAAGUUAUAUAUUUGG